UUCAGUUCAUACCCACAUACAAAUUUAUACGUACAUCAAGCCAAGGAAAGGAAAAAGGAAGACAAAAAUGGUGUCCAUAAGGGUUUUUUGCUAUCUUUUAAUAUUUUUCGUUUUGCAACUACACGCUAAGGUCUCCAAUGCAUACAUUAAUCGCCAAGGUAUAUAUCUACAUACGCCUCUACAAACGGAAAGCACUAGUAUUCAAAUUGCCAACAAGUUUGCUGAAGAUGUAGUUGUAAACCGAAAGACGUUGAAGCAUGUAAAUGUGAAGGUAGAGGCAAAUGAGAAGAAAGGUUUAGAGAUAGAGAGUAAAGACACGGUGAGGAAAAGAAAAAACAAGAAGAGACUCACCAAAACGGCGAGUUUAACGGCCGAUUAUAGCAACCCUGGUCAUCAUCCUCCUAGGCAUAAUUAAUAAUUAUAUAUACAUUUUUAUUAGAUGAAAGAAGAGCCUA